GAUUGACCACAUAUCCCAGAAAAAUAACAAGCAGAACUCAAAAUACUGACCAAUUGUCAGACAGUUUUCCAUCAUGUUCAAUGCUGGAGGGGAAUUCGACAGAUCAACUGAUGCCAAAUAUUGACAGCGUGAAGUCUGUUGAAAGUAGUUUACCGUCAUGUUCAAUGCUGAAAGGGGAUUUGGUAGAUCAACUGAUGCCAAAUGUUGACAGCGUGAAGUCUGUUGAAAGGCAUUUGUGCUCUUUAGGUAGGUCUUGCAUUGGUGUGAAAAAGUAAAUAGUCAAAUUUGUCCAAGCGGAGUGUUUGUACCUUUAUCGAAUAAAGAAAAGCCUGUACCUACCUAACCCAAGAAAUCAGUUAGAAUUCGCGUAAACGAAUCUAUUGAUUAUGAGGCAACGUCCAAUUAUGAGUUUGAGGACGAGAGUCGGAAAAGAAGUCUGAAGGGUAAUAAUCGCAAAGUUAAGAAACACUGUGAUGACAUUUCUAUUACCAAUUUAUUUGGGGAUCAAAGAAUGGAAAGUGAACCAGAAGAAACUUGUCUGGAUUUACCGAACUUACCAAUGCAACAGAAUAUUCAGAAUCUUAUUGCAAACUUGCAAUUAUCAGUUCCUCUUUUUCCGACCAGAGUUCCUUUUGUUGAUAUUCACAAUCCUUUGACCAAAUCUCCUGUUGAAAGAAGAAAAGAACCAGCCAAUCAAUGUGUGUAUACACCCGACGAACUCGACCAAUUAGAUUUGGCUGGAUUACUCGAACCAAAGAGUAAAGAACAGCUGGAUGAGAUAAUGCACUUGUUUCACGCUGCAGUGCAUGAACGCGACGUAGUUUGUUGUGUGUGCGACCAGUUUCUACGCAUCUCUGAAUCAAAGCUGGUUCAAUCUGCUUCUCUUCCAACGGCUUUUUUUGAAAAACUGCAGCAACCAACGGGCAAGAACGCCGACGCUGAUGUGCUUCAUUCUCAGUUGGUGCAGCAACACGACGUCUCUAAAUUUUUCCCCAGCGAAAGAAAACGAUUUGCAAAAUUGGUUCUGUCUCCGCGAGGAAUAGAGAAGGACCGGUUGUCUUGCACACCUGAUGGAAUUUCGGAUUGCGACUGCAAGCCUUUUCUGAGAAUUUGCAAGAAAAAAUGUUAUGAUUGUCUAAAACGAAACGCCCUUCCUAAAUUGGCUAUCGCAAAUGGAAACUGGUUCGGUCAGUUACCGGAGCAAUUACGAAACAUGAGACUCGGCCCUCGCAGGGUCGUUCGUCAAGUACACAAUUCUGGCCAUUUUGUAUCCUACAGCUCACAGACCUAUGUCAGAGUAACGUCAAUCACUGGUCACAUCUAUUCCAAUGGAUUGGACACUACGCUGGUGCGAAUGAGUCUUCCUCUGCAGCCAAGCGAGGUUCCCCUUCGCGUUAUUGUCGUUCCAAGGUUCAGCAAGAACGAAACAAUCAUUGAAAAAGCCAAAAUCGCCGCAAUGAAGAAAAAUUACAUCAUUGACCCUAAAGCAAUCGAACAGACUUUGAACUUUUGGAAAGAAGUCGGUAACAAAGUCAUGGCGAAAGCUGAAUUCAACAAGACUAACUGUGAACGGCUUCCUAUCAACGACGUUUCUCCUGCCAUGUUUACCAUGAUGGACACAGACAAUGAAGAAGCUGAAACGGAACUCGAUGGAAGUUCACACGAGAUCGCAGAGAAGAGAGAACACUCAUCCGGCGGUUCUUCAUUAUUACGCACAGGUGAAACAGGCAAAACAAGACGGAUUAAAAUUUCGCGUAAAGCCUUACUAGCCUACAUGCUUAAUCUCAGCCCACGGCAAUUUCAAGAGGUCGAUUUCGUUUUGCCGAUGUAUGAUAUGGUUACCCGCCAACAAGAGCAGUGGGGCACCGAUGGAACUUUAUCUACUAAAGCAGAAGCGUUUGGCCAAAUAUCCGUCGAAGAUAUGAAGAAAUUCGGCGAGCACAAAAUUAAUUGCGCAAAAACAGCCAGUAAAGGUGGAAUUUUGCCUCCGCCUCCAGUGAGCCUUGGUGGGGUAGCAGCCGAAUUUUUCAACGACAUCAUGGUCGCCACAAAACACAACCAACAUUCUAUGGCCGCCGCUGCUGAAAAUCGAGGUGGAGUUUACGCUGCUCACAAUUCCCUAGGAAAAGCUCACAUCUGGUUUACUUUUUGCCCAGAUGACACGAAAUCAUUCAAAAUCUUGUGGUAUUCACUGGUUUUAGAACAAUCUGCCAUCUACAAAGACCAAAUUCCUGACGAAAUAAUUAGAUUUUAA